GGUAAUGCGGCUUCGUUCGCUGUGUAAAGUGGGGCCGAGCAAAGUCGGAAUGCUAAGUACAUCUCUCGCUUUCCGCUUUUUAACAUGUUUUUAAAGAUACAUUUGUAUGCCAUAUUUAAUCUGGGAUAGUGCAAAACGAGAUCGACCUGGUUGAUGCUUUUAUAGAAGUGUGUGAUUUUGCAGAUCCAGCCAGCUAGCGGGCUGUCUCGUGUUGUUGUUAUAUGCAUGGGGCUGACAAGAGACCCUUGAGCCGUGAUGCGCUCGGUACCGGAGGCCGGAUUCACUCACAGCAGGACAGGGAAGGUGUACCGAAGGUAUCGGGGUGCGAGACACACGGAUGGCAACUGUACGACCAACUGUAUCGUCCUUCUUGAGUGAUCGUAAAGAGACGGGCUUCUGGUCACAGAGUGGCUGACGAAGCGGCCCGUGUUCCAGUCUAACCACUCAGGGACAGAGGAGAACGAAGGGAGGUUCAAACUUAAGAUGAGCACCCUGCGGGGGGGUACAGUGACCUGGCGACCCCAGCCGUGGCAGGAUGGUGAUGGGGGAGGCGGGGAGCCUCUAUCAGACAGUGACUCGGAGGAAGAAGACUUCCCCGAUGACAGCACCACCCCUCUGGGAGACUAUGUUACUCAUGGGUUGAAGCAGCUACUAGAUGCUCAACAGCUGUGUGAUGUUACACUCCUUGUAGAGGGAAAGAGGUUUAUGUGUCACAGGGUUCUCCUGGCAGCAGUAAGCCCAUACUUCAGAGCCAUGUUUACCAGCCCAUUGGUUGAGUCCCGCCUUACUGAAAUCCGAUUGGAGGAGGUCACGCCAUCUGUCAUGGAGACAGUCAUCCAAUUCGUCUACACUGGGGAGGCUGGGCUGUCCUUGGACACAGCCGAGGACCUGUUUGUGGCAGCCAAUCGUCUUCAAGUGAUGCCACUGCAAGACCUGUGCUCCAGGUUUUUGUUUGAACACCUGUCUGUGGACAACUGUCUGGGGAUGUACUCCCUGGCACGGUCUCAUCACGACCAGCUACUGCUCCGCGCCUCCCUCCGCCUGGUUGCCCAGCACUUCCCCCGGGUCGCUCGCCACAAGGAUUUCCUGCUCCUGGAUCCAGGAACUCUGGGCAGUCUUCUGGGCUCCGACCGGCUGGGCGUAGACUCAGAGGCCGAGGUGUACGACGCGGCGCGCCGCUGGGCAGAGCACAGGCCCCUGGAGCGCUACGCACACAUGCCGGCACUACUUCACCAUCUCCGUCCAGGGCUGCUGUCUCAGGAGGAGGCCCAGAGGCUGAGGCAAGAGCUGGGGCCGGCGGCCCCGAGCGGGGGCCUGGGCCUGGGAGGUCCCUUGAGACCCAGGGAGGGCAUGUUCGAGAAGAAGAUCGUGUGUGUGGACCUAAAGCCUCGCGAGGAUGAGUCCUUGUCGGAGAGAGAUUUCACCGUGGACUGUUUUGACCCCCGCACAGGGAAGUGGGAGAAGCUGGCGUCCCUGGGCUCGCUGCUUUGCCCGGGCUGCACGGCCGUGGGAGGCCGUCUGUUUGUGGCGGGGGGGAUCCUCCGGGGGGGGUCGGUGUCAUCCUCGGUCCACGAGUACGACGCAGUGUUGGACCGGUGGCUGGAGCGGCCUCCUAUGGGCCAUCCCCGGGCCAUGCUGGGGCUGCUGGGCUGCGGGGGGGCCCUGUACGCCCUGGGCGGGUGCAACCGCUCCGCCCUGCUGGACUCCUGCGAGACCCUGGACCUGGCCUCCCUCUGCUGGUCCCCCGGCCCCCGCCUGCCCCUCCCCCUGCGCUCCUUCGCCUGCGCCGCCCUCCGCGGCCGUAUCUACCUGCUGGGCGGAGCCACGCUGGAGCAGAACCGAGCGGUGGUGCACGCGGGCGUGCUCAUCUACCACACGCUGACGGACUCCUGGAGCCGUGUGGCGCUCGACUCCGGCGCCACCUGCCUGGCCGGAGGAGUGGCGGUGCGGGGGGGUGUCUGUGCCAUCGGCGGGUACAUGAGGGACGCCACCAAGUUCCUGGAUGGAAACUACACCCACCUGGAGCCGCUCGACGCCACGGGCCGCGUGCUGUUCUUCAGGGAGGGGAGGGGCUCCGGGGUGGAGCGUGAGGUGGCGGGGGCGGUGCUAGCAGAGAGGGGUGGGGCUGGUGGGGGCAGUGACCGCGCCCCCAGCCCCGUGGUGUUCCCUGGGUUACCACGGAGGAUCGCAGCAGGGGGCGUGGCCAGGUGGAAGAGGCGGAUCUACGUGCUGGGCGGGGAGAACGGGUCGAGGUUCUACGACAGCGUGUAUUGCUGGAAGCCCGGCUGGAGGAGCUGGGUCCAGAGGCGGGAGAAACUACCAGGAGACACGGGGGGGGUCAGCCAGUUCGGAUGUACCACUCUGAAGUUCCCCAAGAAAGCCAUCCUGUCCAGACUGAGGCUGGCGCGGGACGACUGUAAGAAUGACGACGAUGACGACGAAGACGACGAAGAUGAUGACGAUGAUGAUGACGAGGACGAUGAUGAUGAGACUGGCACGGACCAAUCGAGUUGGACUAAGAAAUGAUGGCAACACAUCAGGGGGCUUGAACCUUGAAAGCUUGAAACAGACAGACAGGCACACAGAGAGUGGGCAUUCCCAUCUGAAUGUAACCAGCCACAGUUUGCUACAAUAACAAACCAACAGCAACAGCAUUCAUCAUGUCCUUCACCAUUAUCAGUUUGGGAAGGAACCUCCUUGAAUGUAUUAAAGAUACCUACUGGAUGUAGCCUACCAGAGGUAUUCAUGGUCAUUCGUGAAUUUUUAGAUGUUUUUAAACGUUUUAAGUCGUCCCUCAGUGAGAUGGUGGUGGAUCUUGGGGGAGGUGGGAUAGUGGGAAGCCUGUCCUUAUUGCACAUGUCCUCUCAAGCUCAGUCUGCCUCUGGAAGAAUGAAUUGACUGUAAAUUGUGUUUGAAUGAAUGCAACAUGCAAAGUGUUUCGCUUAUUUAUUUGAAUGGGGAUGACGAGGCGUUUGGAGUGGUCUAGAACUUGACCUUUCUAUCCUGAAUAUGAUCGAUUGAUCUGAUUAAAAUCAACAAAGGAUUGCUUUGUGAUGUCACUGUGAACUUUAACCCUCGUCUGCCCUAAGCGCUCAUCAAAUCAAAUUGGAGUAUCUCAGAGGAGGUACUCCUUUUUUUUUUUAACCUUUUUUUUUGUUUUACUUUUUUUGUGCCCAUUCUCCCCCCUGCGCACCAAAACACAACUUGUGCCUGAAACAUAAGUAGUAAGGUUUGAUUUCCUUUGAAUAUCAUUCAUCAGUUACUUGGUAAAAAAAAAACCACAGCUCUAACACAGGAAAAUCUGAUCUGUAAACUGUCAGUCUGUUUACUCGCACAGAUUUUAAAUGUGUUUUUACCCCGUCCCUCUAUUGAGUUAUGUGUAAUAGUGUGCCUGUGUGUGUGUGACUGUGGGAGACAGACUGUCGAUUUGAAAUGUUUGUAACGCUAAAAUACACUUACCACCCUCACCCUUUCCCACAAGGAAAAAUGUGAUGUACGUUUUUUAACUGAAAGGCAAAUGGAUAUUUUGAUGACAGCCAAGCUA